AUGCUGAAGUUCCGAACCAUCCGUGGGGGCCUGAGGCUCCUGGGGAUCCGCCGAGCCUCCACUGCCCCUGCUGCCUCCCCACACGUCCGGCGCCUGGAGUACAAGCCCAUCAAGAAGGUCAUGGUGGCCAACAGAGGUGAGAUUGCCAUCCGUGUGUUCCGGGCCUGCACGGAGCUGGGCAUCCGCACCGUGGCUGUCUACUCGGAGCAGGACACAGGCCAGAUGCACCGGCAGAAAGCAGAUGAAGCCUACCUCAUCGGCCGCGGCCUCGCCCCGGUGCAGGCCUAUCUGCACAUCCCAGACAUCAUCAAGGUGGCCAAGGAAAACAAUGUAGACGCGGUGCACCCUGGCUACGGGUUCCUGUCAGAGCGCGCGGACUUCGCCCAGGCCUGCCAGGAUGCCGGGGUUCGGUUCAUUGGGCCGAGCCCUGAGGUCGUCCGCAAGAUGGGAGAUAAGGUGGAGGCCCGGGCCAUCGCCAUCAAUGCAGGUGUCCCCGUGGUCCCUGGUACCGACGCCCCCAUCACCUCCCUGCACGAGGCCCAUGAGUUCUCCAACACCUACGGCUUCCCCAUUAUCUUCAAGGCCGCCUACGGGGGCGGGGGACGUGGCAUGAGGGUCGUGCACAGCUAUGAGGAGCUGGAGGAAAACUACAACCGGGCCUACUCGGAGGCUCUGGCUGCCUUUGGGAAUGGGGCACUGUUUGUGGAGAAGUUCAUUGAGAAGCCACGCCACAUCGAGGUGCAGAUCCUGGGAGACCAGUACGGGAACAUUUUGCACCUGUACGAGCGAGACUGUUCCAUCCAGCGGCGGCACCAGAAAGUGGUUGAGAUUGCUCCUGCUGCCCACCUGGACCCCCAGCUUCGGACCCGACUCACCAGUGACUCUGUCAAACUUGCUAAGCAGGUGAAAGGCGGGGGCCUUCAGGAACAGUCUCCCAUUGUGGACCUGGUCCAUGCCCAGAUCCACGUGGCCGAGGGCCGGAGCCUGCCCGACCUGGGCCUGCGGCAGGAGAACAUCCGUAUCAACGGCUGUGCCAUUCAGUGCCGGGUCACCACCGAGGACCCCGCGCGCAGCUUCCAGCCAGAUACUGGCCGCAUCGAGGUGUUCCGGAGCGGAGAGGGCAUGGGCAUCCGCCUCGAUAAUGCAUCUGCCUUCCAAGGAGCUGUCAUCUCCCCGCAUUAUGAUUCCCUGCUGGUCAAAGUCAUUGCCCAUGGCAAAGACCACCCCACGGCUGCCACCAAGAUGAGCAGAGCCCUUGCUGAGUUCCGAGUCCGAGGUGUAAAGACCAACAUCCCCUUCCUGCAGAAUGUGCUCAACAACCAGCAGUUCCUGGCCGGCACCGUGGACACCCAGUUCAUCGAUGAGAACCCGGAGCUGUUCCAGCUGCGGCCUGCGCAGAACCGGGCCCAGAAGCUGCUGCACUACCUCGGUCACGUCAUGGUGAACGGCCCAACCACCCCGAUCCCCGUCAAGGCCAGUCCCAGCCCCACAGACCCCAUUGUCCCUGCAGUGCCCAUAGGCCCACCCCCAGCUGGUUUCAGAGACAUCCUGCUGCGGGAGGGGCCCGAGGGCUUCGCUCGAGCUGUGCGGAACCACCAGGGGCUGCUGCUGAUGGACACGACCUUCCGGGAUGCCCACCAGUCACUGCUGGCCACUCGUGUGCGAACCCACGAUCUCAAAAAGAUUGCUCCCUAUGUUGCUCACAACUUGAGCAAACUCUUCAGCAUAGAGAACUGGGGAGGAGCCACGUUUGAUGUUGCCAUGCGCUUCCUGUAUGAGUGCCCCUGGCGGCGGCUGCAGGAGCUCCGAGAGCUCAUCCCCAACAUCCCGUUCCAGAUGCUGCUGCGGGGCGCCAACGCCGUGGGCUACACCAACUACCCCGACAAUGUGGUCUUCAAGUUCUGUGAGGUGGCCAAAGAGAACGGCAUGGAUGUCUUCCGGGUUUUUGACUCCCUCAACUACAUGCCCAAUCUGCUACUGGGCAUGGAGGCAGCCGGCAAUGCUGGCGGUGUGGUGGAGGCCGCCAUCUCCUACACGGGUGACGUGGCUGACCCCAGCCGCACCAAAUACUCACUGCAGUACUACAUGGGCCUGGCUGAAGAGUUGGUUCGAGCUGGCACCCACAUCUUGUGCAUCAAGGACAUGGCAGGGCUGCUAAAGCCAGUUGCCUGCACCAUGCUGGUCAGGUCCCUCAGGGACCGCUUCCCUGACCUCCCGCUGCACAUCCACACCCACGACACAUCAGGGGCAGGUGUGGCAGCUAUGCUGGCCUGUGCCCAGGCUGGGGCCGAUGUGGUAGAUGUGGCAGCUGAUUCCAUGUCCGGGAUGACUUCACAGCCCAGCAUGGGGGCCCUGGUGGCCUGCACCCGAGGGACUCCCAUGGACACAGGGAUGCCCCUGGAGCGCGUGUUUGACUACAGUGAGUACUGGGAGGGGGCCCGGGGAUUGUAUGCGGCCUUUGACUGCACGGCCACCAUGAAGUCUGGCAAUUCGGAUGUGUAUGAGAAUGAGAUCCCAGGGGGCCAGUACACCAACCUGCACUUCCAGGCACACAGCAUGGGGCUUGGCUCCAAGUUCAAGGAGGUCAAGAAGGCCUACGUGGAGGCCAACCAGAUGCUGGGCGACCUCAUCAAGGUGACACCGUCCUCCAAGAUUGUGGGGGACCUGGCCCAGUUCAUGGUGCAGAAUGGGCUGAGCCGGGCAGAGGCUGAAGCCCAAGCAGAAGAGCUGUCCUUCCCCCGCUCCGUGGUAGAGUUCCUGCAGGGCUACAUUGGCAUUCCCCACGGGGGGUUCCCUGAGCCCCUUCGCUCUAAGGUGCUAAAGGACCUGCCAAGGGUCGAGGGGCGGCCCGGAGCCUCCCUCCCUCCACUGGAUCUGCAGUUGCUGGAGAAGGAGCUGAUUGAACGGCACGGGGAGGAGGUGACACCAGAGGAUGUGCUCUCAGCAGCCAUAUACCCCGAUGUCUUUGCACACUUCAAGGACUUCACAGCUACUUUUGGCCCCCUGGAUAGCCUCAAUACCCGCCUCUUCCUGCAGGGACCCAAAAUUGCAGAGGAGUUUGAGGUGGAGCUGGAGCGGGGCAAGACACUGCACAUCAAAGCCCUGGCUAUAAGUGACCUGAACCGGGCUGGCCAGAGGCAGGUCUUCUUUGAGCUCAAUGGACAGCUGCGGUCCAUUCUGGUCAAGGACACUCAGGCCAUGAAGGAGAUGCACUUCCACCCCAAGGCUCUGAAGGAUGUGAAGGGCCAGAUCGGGGCGCCCAUGCCUGGGAAGGUGAUAGACAUCAAGGUAGCAGCUGGGGGCAAGGUGGCCAAGGGCCAGCCCCUGUGUGUGCUCAGCGCCAUGAAGAUGGAGACUGUAGUGACUUCACCCAUGGAGGGCACUGUCCGCAAGGUCCACGUAACCACAGACAUGACACUGGAGGGCGAUGACCUCAUCCUGGAGAUUGAGUGA